GAAAAGAGUUUGUCCCGCGCGUGUCUCACUUUUAAUCCGCGCGCGCCGCAGAAUUAUAUAUUUCAAGAGCCAUUCAUUUGCUUGUGGCGCCUAUAAAUAUAUUUUGCCGAGUGUGAGUGCGCGAGCCUGUGUGUGCAUCGCGCCUUCACAAGUGGCACACUCGUUCGUUGCUUUUUGUUCAAAAGUGGACACCGCGAAACCCCUUGAGCAGGUGAAAGGUCAAAGUUUAGGGGACGCGAGCCCCAAAUUGGCCGGGCAAUCGAAGAAUCUGUCAUAACCGGCUCGGGCAGCGUCCUCGAGCAUGAAUCUCUGUUGUAAUGAGACCUUGUUUCACAUUUGAUUGGCUUCUAUAAAGUAAGGAAUUUAACUAUGACUGGAAAAAGCGUGGCUGAACUCAAAAGUGUAGCACAGACUGCAGGUGCCAAUUUGUGGAGGAGCAUUUCAAGAAUAAAAUUUAUUGACGAGAACCAGUCUGAUUUUUGGACGAAAGUUUCUACUCGCGCCUCAUCUUCCAAAUGUUCGUUAUUGAAUGUUGAUUACCUCCCCUGAUUACUAUGGGCUUGUGCACCACCUGACCGCAAUCGAACAAAGAGUAUGUCUAGUCACAAAGGGAAACUGGCCAGCUUCCUGCUGCUAUUCCUAGUCACCAUGACCUCGCCGCUGACUGCAUUUGGGGACCACAGCACAGCACGGGACGCCUCCUCCACCACCGGUUGGCCGCUCCAGAAGGGCAACUCGAGCAACCUGUCGCAGGAGUUUGACGCCCAGAAUCAAACCGCCAACGUGGACGCCUACUCGGACCCGAUCACCCUGGCCGUGUUGUGCUUCAAAAGUUUCGUCAUGGGCACCAUCAUCUUCACGUCGAUCGGCGGCAACCUGCUGGUCAUCGUCAGCGUGAUGCGGCACCGCAAGCUGCUGGUGAUCACCAACUACUUUGUCGUGUCGCUCGCCUUUGCUGACAUGCUAGUCGCCAUUCUGGCCAUGACCUUCAACUUCAGCGUGCAACUGACCGACACCUGGAUGUUUGGGCCGAUCAUGUGUGACGUGUGGAACUCGUUCGACGUCUUCUUCUCCACCGUGUCCAUCCUGCACCUGUGCUUCAUCUCGGUGGAUCGUUACUUUGCCAUCGUGCUGCCGCUGCAGUACCCCAUCUACAUCACGGAGCGCACCGUCGGCGUGUUCCUCGGCAUCACCUGGCUCUGCCCCAUCUUCAUCUCAUUCGUGCCCAUCUUCCUCGGCUGGUACACGACCGCCGAAAACCUCACUAACCGGCAGCUGCACCCAAACGAAUGCGACUUCAUCGUCAACAUGAGCUUCGCCAUCUUCUCGUCGCUCGUUUCCUUCUGGAUCCCCGGCUCCAUCAUGGUCUUUACAUAUCACAGGAUUUUCCUCGAGGCUAACCGGCAGGAGCGAAUGCUGCACAACCGGCUCGGCAACGACUUCAACAUGCAUCACCUGCACAACAUCGAGGACGUGUCUGCGUCGCCGAGCAUCGCCGGCAGCGGCUCUUGCACGGCGCUCAACUUCCACGACGCGUCGCACGAGCACCACCACCAGCACCAUCCGCACCACCCGCAGCAGCCGGUGCUGUCGCACAAGGAGCGCAAGAUGAAGCGCGAGCACAAGGCGGCCAAGACGCUCGGCUUUAUCAUGGGCACGUUCAUCAUCUGCUGGCUGCCCUUCUUCCUUUGGUACGACAUCACCAACCUGUGCGGUGACUUCUGUCCGCAGGUGCCCGACGUGGCCGUCGCAAUCGUCUUCUGGAUCGGAUAUCUCAACUCGGCCCUUAACCCGGUCAUCUACGCGCACUUCAACAAGGAGUUCCGCGAGGCGUUCCGCGACACCCUCUGCUGGGCCUCGUGCAACCUUUUUCGCAGGCGCAACUCGGACCUGGACGCACUCGUCCAGAUAAGCGCCAACUUCCGCAAUAGCGAACCACCGCGUAGCAGGGUAGCCUCCUUCAACACUCGCAAUUAGUUGGUUUUAUUCGCUCUCUGUGAUAUUCUCAUGGUUUUAUUCAUUGCAAUAAUUUUUGUGUGACACACAACUCAUACGUACGUACACAACAUAAAUUAUGUAACAUAUAUAUUAUAUAUUGUAUGACAAGCGCAUGGUUUUGAUUUUAUCGACUAAGCACGAUUCGAUAUACACAAAAAGCACUGACAAUACCACAUUGAUUUGAUUUUUGAUUAUCUUGCAUCCUCGUUCAGCUCAAAAUAGAUAUAUAUUACGACGACGACUCUCAGCCAAGCGAACCUAAGACAAAACGCGACCCCGCUGAUUUUUUACCAAAGCGCCGAUGCCCCCGAGAUUAUUUUUAACUCUCGCUCUCUUUUUUCGCGCUUUUCGCCCCCUUACCAGACGCAACGGACAAUUAAGCAAGUGCACUCGGAGAAACUGGUCUGAGGGUGAUGAACGAGUCACCUGUUGGGUUCUACGCUCUAACGACAAGCAUAUUUGAUUAAAGCGUUUACAGUUUCGUUCGUGUUUCCACACAGAAAAAGGCACACACUUGUAUCACUUUGGUUGUGGAGAUACGUCGUAUUUUACGACCGUGCAUAAAAAUUUUAUUGAUGUGAUAUUGUUUUGCGAGUCUUCACUGGUUUUAUAGUCUUUAGUAUGCCAAAGAAUUUGCUUUACCUGAUGAUCGUUUUACAUUUACAUCAGCAGUACAAAUUUUGUUGCGAAUUGACCACUCGUUAUUUGAAGAAAAAAGAAAUAUAAUAUGAUUGGCUUUAAUGAAGGAUAAUUGUUAUUUAUAACUGCCUAAUUGUGAUUGUCACGCACUAUAACACUAUACAAGAAAUCAAAGUUAAUUGUACCUCAAAAUUUACAGAAUAUAUACUUAUAUUCUAUUAGAAGUUAUCUGAGCUGUAUUGUAUAGCAAUUAUUAUUGUGACAGAAAUAAUAUUAUUAUAACGUUGGAAGAAAAAUUAUUACGCGAGAAUUAUAACAAGUAUUUGGAAAGUGCUGUGAAUAUUUAAAUGAAUGAUUCUUGUCAUUGAUUUGAGAGUCUCGAAUACUCGAUUUUAACAUUUUACUCUCUCCAGUUAAUGAACGGUUGUUUGAUUUUUAGGAGCAAAGUAUUCGUUUCUAGGACUUUCCUAGCAUGAUGUUUUUGUUGCACUUUGAUUGUGAAAGUGACAACAGGAAUUCUGCAGUUUUCCUGUUCAAAAAUCAAACCGGGAAAGCCCUGGAAAAGCUGCCACACUGAAGCAAUCAAUAUCAUAUCCAGUUACCAAACUCUACACACAAUUUCCGUCUAGAAACUCUAUUAUUAAAGUACUGCAAAAAAACAUGAAAGGCAAAAACAAGUAAAAAAUAAGAUACAUGACCCCAGUCAGUACUGUCGUAGUUGCUCACUGUAGGAGAGUAAAAAAGGUAUUUGUUGUAGCUACUUAGGAAUACUAUUAUACAAUAAUGUUCCCUCUCUCUGCAGAGAAAAGUGCUCAUUUUUUCUGCAUGCAUUGAAUCAAAAUUGCGAAUAGGCGCAACUUUGUGUUAUGUGUGUCCGAGAUGUGAAAAAAGUAUAUAACAAAAGCUAACCACCCUCGUAGCAGGAGUAAAUAAUUAUGUAUGUGGCAUGAUAAUUAAAAGUAAUAAUAUUAUAUGCUCAUUGUGUAACCCAUUGACAUGUGAUGUGCAGGCAAAUAUUUAUCUAGACAAAUGUGUGUUAAUUACUGUUUAGCACUAGUGUCGUAUGCUUCCUGUCAACACUUCUGAUCUCUUGUAGAACAUUUGACUGUGUGUUGAGUAGUACGUGUUGACUUGAGAAUUUUUGUCCUGAGUAGUUCGUUUGGAGAUGAGACCGCGAUUAUUCAUAUUAUUGAGCCGCGAGCAGUUGCAACUCUCUAUACAUUAAUGAUAAGUUUUGUCGUGAAGUUAUUAGGAACACGCACAAGAUCCGAAAAUUAUUUUGAUGUAUCUGACGAUAUUCUUGUAGAGUCCGAUUUAACAAAAAAUGGAGAAAACCGGUAUAAAGUCAAAAUGGAAAGUAUUACCUGAUGAAGACUGCUGUAUGAUCAUGUGUAAUGUCACUAGAUGUACAGGAAUAAACUUCUAAACAUACAAAAACAGCAAAAAA